AUGGGCUUCUUCAAACACCCCUGUGGUUCAAUCUCAAUCAUCACCCAUAUCAUCCAAUGCAUCAGUUCAUUGAUCGUCCUCGCCAUCACAGCCUGGGCAGUCCGCGACACUAAAACCCUUACAGUGAUUUUCUCCUUGGUGGUGGCGGUCCUGACUCCAAUUGUCUACGGCACAGCACUAAGCACCAGCUGUGUCAACAGACGUCGCAGAUGGCACGUUCUCCCUCUACUGGUGGCUGAUGCAGCACUAUCUUACCUCUGGCUCACGUCAUUCAUCUUCCUGGCUCUGAAUUUUAACAACGUCAGCUGCAACGUCCACCUCUGGAACGGAGAGGAGGUGUGUAGCCGGAAGUAUACGGCCGAGGCAUUCGGAUUCAUUGCAUUCUUCGCGACAUUGAUGGCUCUGGUAUUCGAAGUUUUGUAUACUUACCUGCCGAAAAAGGAUGCCUCUAUGCAGGAGAAGCAAAAUGGGGUGACGACCUUGGAGGAUAAUCUACGGGGUGCCGGGGUGUUAGACCCUUGA